GAAGGCGCUCACAUUUCAUUUUGAACAAAACCCUAAAUCUCCGGCGGCGAUGAAGCUCGUCAGGUUUUUGAUGAAAUUAAACAACGAGACCGUGUCGAUUGAGCUUAAAAAUGGCACCGUCAAAUCUAACUGCAGUUUCUUUUUUAUAGGUGUUGAUAUCAGUAUGAAUACUCACUUAAAGACUGUAAAGCUAACUUUGAAGGGAAAAAAUCCUGUGACUAUGGAUCACCUGAGUGUGAGGGGGAAUAAUAUCCGCUAUUACAUCCUUCCUGAUAGCUUGAAUCUCGAGACUUUGCUUGUGGAAGAGACACCUCGGGUCAAGCCCAAGAAGCCCACUGCAGGAAGAGCUGUGGGACGGGGCCGUGGCCGUGGCCGUGGGCGCGGGCGUGGUAGAGGCCGCUAAGUAUGGUUCCCAUCAUCUAAUUUUUGCUGGCCGUUUGUCAUGUAAACAUCUGUAUUAAGAACUGAACUAGCUAAAUGACUUGAAUAUGAUCUGUGCGUUGUUUCCAGGUAAAGAUCAUUUUAAUUUUAAUUGAGAUAUCAUGUAUCUUUCUCUUUUUCAUGACUCCUGUUCUGGUUUGAUGUCUACCAUAUCUUUAUUAUA